AUGGCGGAAACAGCAAUGGCGGGCGCCAACGAUGAUUGUGUAAAUGCAGCGAGACUUCACGAGAGGCCGUUUCAUGCCGCCUAUAUAAAUGAAAAGAUUCCAUGUCCUCUUCCGCAAUGUAGACGAGAUUUUCGAAAUGAUUUUUUUGAGGUGAACGGGCUCGCUCAGCAUUUUAGAGCGAAACAUAGUGGUGUAACUUUCACAGACAAACACGUGGAUGAAGCAAAAUGCGUGCUAAAGUCAUUGCAUGGCGAAGAAACGAAGAGACACUUGGAAAAGUUGUCUACCGCGCGUCGUAACUUGGUAAGCACAAUGUUUGCGGAUAUAUAUGCAAAUUUUUUUCUGUGAGGACGCGUCAUAAAUAUACAUGUUGACUCAAAGCUGUUUAUAAUUUACAUAUUUUUAGUAGAGCGAACCUUACAUCGGAUACAAUGUAUUUACGAAGCACGGGGAUUGUCACAAUUUAUAUGUCGCUGCAAAAGAUGCGAAAGAGGCUGCUAAACUUGUUGGAAUGGUUCUAUUGCAUUUUGGAUAUCUGAAACCAUACUCCAAGGGCAACAGAGGUGAACCAAUUGAUGUAAAAGGAGGAAACAUCACUGCCACUUUCAAUGUGUGGUUUUCUACCAAGACGGAGUCUGGUAAAGAUAUGACUGUGGUCAUUGCAGAAGCCACAUUUGUGAAGAAGGUAGGAACUUAAUAUGUUAAUAGAUACUGGUAUAUAUUUUUUUAUAUAAAAACUUGCUAGUGCAAUUUGAGAAACAGCAUAAUUCUUCGUUGUUUUUUUUUAAAUAUUUGUGGAAAUCCUAAAAGCAAGCUGGCAGUUUUUUUACAUGUAAUAGUUCUAGUUCAUUCUAUAUUUGUCACCACAAAUCACUGACUACAUAUAACAUCCAAUUUAUACUUGAUUACACUUUUGUUAAAAGAUGCUGUAAAGUUCGCAAUGUAAGCAAACGCUUUGUUUACAUUUCUGAACUGCUAUGUUUGUAAAUAUGAUAUACUAACUGCAUAAUUAUCUAACACUUUUCCUAUGUUUCAAUUCAAAAAAGUUUGAUUUUACAGAUCUUUGAAGAUGAUGUCCACUCCUUUCUGCACAUCAGUUCUGCUCAUAACAAAGCGGGACACACAGGCAGAUAUAAACAUUGCCCAAAUUUCGCAUCUUUCGAACUUUUUGUUGAAUUGAAAUGUACAGUUUAUAUUCAUUUACAAGUAUAGCGGACCAGAAAAUUGUUAGCUAGAUAUUCAGUUAGUAUUUUUCAAAUAUAGCAGUUCAAAAUGAAAACAAAGUUUGCGCAUGUGCACAGGAGUGGACAUCAUCUUUAAGUUCUGUAGUAAAUUUGACAUACAUGCAAAUGAUGUGAAUAUAUUUGUUUUUAUAGGAUUUAUAUGUGGACGCAACACCAUUGCAGAAAGAACAUUGCCAUAGGAACAAUGUCAAUACGGCUGCUAUCCUACCUUCUGGUGAUCCGAAUCUCGACAUUUUACGUGCCAUAUUCCAAUUUGAAAGCUUUAGGGGAUUACAAAAACAGGCAAUUGACAGUAUUUUACAAAGGAAAAAUACCCUAUACUUGUAAUGCCAACAGGAGGAGGAAAAACUUUAUGUUAUGCUGUCCUUGCCUUAUUGCAAGAGAAAGUGACAGUGGUUGUUUUCCCCUUGCUGUCAUUGCUAAUUGACCAAUGCCAAAGGUUUCGUUCAAAGGGAAUACCCGUCUGUUAUGUUAUGUCCGUGAUGGACAUGCAGGAAAGAGAAACUGCAUUUCAUAAGCUAACAUCCAGCCCACUUGAGUACAAGUUUUUAUUUGUCACCCAGAGACUUUACUGUCGAACGAAACUUUGUCACGAUUGCAAGACUUGGCUGAAAAGCAAUUACUUAAUUUUAUUGUGAUUGAUGAAGCCCACUGUAUCGAUUCAUGGGGAUUUAACUUCAGGCCCAGUUAUCGGGAACUCUGAAAAUUAAAGGAAUUUGGAGUGCCUAUUGUUGCUAUGACAGGUAAGCUGGAAUGACCCCAUUGUAAAGCUUUAAUAGUAAAGGUCCAGCCUAUGGGCUGUUGUGGUAUUGGAAAAUUUAGAUAUUCUGAAGAAAAAAAUGUCGACUACUGUAUAUAAAAAAUAUACAAAUUAGCAAAGUCACAAAAUAUUUAGUACUAUUUAAAACACCAGUAGGAGUGUUUUAUCAGAUAUAAAACAUGAGGUGCAGCCGAGCAUUUUAUGUCUGAUAAAACAUGACAACAAGUGUUUUGAAUAGUUUUAAAUACAACUACAAAAUAAUACUAAUGAGGAUGAACCAUUAUAUAAUCACACUAAUGAAGAUAAACAAUUAUAUAAUGCCACAUGCUUUAUGUGAUCUUUUGUGACUAUUUUGAUAUACCGCAACAGCCUGGUCCACCCUUCAUUGGAGCAACGCCUUCUUCACUAUGAUUGGCCGAAAGUCCUAAAUUUCCCAUGACAACAUUCUCCUUUCCGCUUGACAACAUUUGAAUUUGCCCUUGGUAACUUGUGUGUUUCAACAAUCAAACUAUGCGGUAAAACUGUCUCUAAGCUCAACUGCAAAUCGCAGUAACUCUUACAUAACUCUCCAGUUGGUAACUCUCCCUUUAAUCACAUCCCUAUGAUUCUAUAGUUCUUGCAAUUGCCAUCUUAAAACUCAUCAUCCACCCAGAAUCUCUGAUUUCUUGGAAUUGCAUUAUUUUUCUGAAACAUUGGUUUAAUGAGCAUGAUCGAUCAAAUCUAUAAAAUCUCUAUUAGUUACAUUUUAAAAUUAACCAAUUAAUGCACAUGCCUCUCCCCAUAACAAGUAAAAUUGUAGUAAAAUAAUGAGGCAUGACACAUCUGGGAAAAUUGCACCUUAUUCACUGCACUGCCAUCUUUUACAAUUGCCAUUGGAGACCAUGGGACAAUCUACUUUUUAUCUGUGUUCAGAUGUAUUCAUACCAUUUCUUGAAUAUUGAUACACAUUUUAAUCCCUCCUUCUGCCCCCCCCCCCGCCCACCCAUUUCAAUGUUGGUGUCUUGCAACUACUGUAGGCAUCAAGAUUUUUGUCGACUGAAUGCUGAAGUGGGGGAACCCUAUGCCUUUCAAAUUAUGUGAAAUUACAGCACUUGUUCCAUAGUUUUUGGCAAAGAUUGUGCACAUAUAAAUAUACUUAACAUAUACAUUGAUAUGUUUCAUUCCAGUGAUACCACAAACCUCACCGUAUUUUAAUCUAAUGCAUAGGCAAACUAUUCGGACAAUACAGAAUUUGACUUGAAAAAGGAGGCAGUCCCAAUGUUGUUCACAUAUUUCUUUUUCAAAAAUGAAAUAACUUUUAGAUACAUUUUGAUGGUUGUAUCCGUUAUUUUAAAUUUUUAGGUACUGCCACACAACGAACCAGGGAUGCGAUAAUUAAUCAUCUCCAGUUGCCGGAUGUAAAUGUGCUAUUACAAUCGUCAGAUCGACCAAACCUUGUGUUCCAAGUUAUUGACAGGCAGGGAUCAGACCAUUCCUCUCUAGUUGGUUUGGUCAAGAAUGAAUUUGAUGGCACUGUGGAAUAGUAUAUUGCCAACAACGUAAAGACACAGUUGAAGUGGCAUAUCAACUACAGAGGUCUGGGAUCAACGCUACCUAUUACCAUACUGGUCUGGAUGUCUAUAAGAGACAUCAAAUUGCAGAGAAUUGGAAAGCUGGGAAAAUAGAUGUUAUAUGUGCUACAGUCGCUUUUGGAAUGGGCAUCGACAAAAAAAAGUCAAGUUUGUGAUUCACAAUGGAAUUCCUCCUAGUAUAGAAAACUAUGUUCAAGAGUCGGGUCGAGCAGGGAGAGAUGGAACGGAAGCUCACUGCAUAGUCUUUUUCAAGUUUGAGGACAGGACUAUACAUUUGAAGAACAUGUCAGCCCUACCCGAUGGAGGUGAGAAACAACAACGCCUAAAAAGUCUGAAUCACAUGGUAGAUUACUGUAUGAUUCCUUCAUGCAGGAAGUCACAACUUGUGAGAUACUUUGAUGGUGCAUCUUCUUCUAGUUGUAAUGAGAGAUGUGAUGUUUGCAAACAACCUCCAAAUCCUCCACUAAACGGAACUGAACAUGCAAAAUCUGUUGUGGCAUGUGUGCAGUCGAUGAUUAAAAUUGAUUCAAAUGUUAGUGUUAAAUAUUUGGCACUGACAUAUCGGGGAUCGAGAUCGAAGGAAAUUGUAAAUAAAGGUUAUGUAAAUGCACAGAAUCAUGGGAGUGGUUCUAAAGACUUUAAUAGUAAAACAAUGUACAAAUUUAUUCAUUUAUUGAUUACUGGUGGCAUUUUACAAGAGAAACUAAGAACUGUCUCAGACACUAAAACGACACCACUCCUUGUUCUUGGUGAAAAAGCAUCACAAGUUUUAGACAGGGAUUUUAAAUUUGUGUACUACAAAUAG